AUGAAGUUCGCUGUCGCUGCUAUCCUUGGCUUCGCCAUGACUGCCGUUGCUAUCCCGGCCGCUAAGGGAAGCCAGAAGAAGCUGUCCAUCGACGACGCUUCCGGCCAAUGCUCGAUUGGGGACAUCUACUGCUGCAAUCCCACCAACAGUGAGGAAACUGACGGUGCUCUGAACAAUGCACUCAGGGAGGGUCUUCUUAUUGGAAGCCUCGUCAAUGGCAAGGGAUCUGCCUGUGCUCCCACUUCGCUCAUUGGGAGUCUCAACCUGCUUGCCUUCUUCGAAGAGGGACAGGAUGACGAUAAGUCCUACUGCAAAAACACCAUCGCCUGCUGCCCCAACGGAAGCUGCGCAGCCCUUGACGGAUACUAG